AUGCGGAUUCUCCAUCUACUGACACUUGUCGGAGCUGUUAUCCUAAUGAUCCAAGGAGUCUCUGUGGGCGCCGACACUUUGGAAAACGUUCUCAAGAAUGCUGAUUAUGUCAAGAUCGUCAUUUCUGUGGAGAAUCAGGAAAAAGCGUCUGGGAUCGACACAACCGCCGACAAAACCUGUCAAACCAGCAGGAUCUUCAAAAUCGCCGUCGGGGCAAUCAGCACCUUCCUCUUUUCUCCAUUCUCAUUCUGGAUCCUCAACUGGAAAAACGAGAAGAAGAUCACGGAAUCCAUCGACAAUGUCGACUAUGAAGUUCUCGAAAUCGAUGGCACCAAGUAUGUCGUUGUAAAAACUGCGGACGAUGACGACGAGUUUCCACACGGUAACCAUCAAGAGUUGGGAGAAUCCUUCCUUUGA